CUUCACACGCCAUUUGCAUUACUUCUCUCUCUCUUUCAGUAACAAACAAAAGAUUUUCUUAACGAUGGCUCAGGAAGACGUUGCCGCUGCUGUUAAUGGUGCUUCUGUGGUGGAGAAGUCUGUUGUGACCUUCACCGCGUACAAGCCGCAGCUGAUCGUUGAGGCUCAGAAGGUCGGUGAAGCCGUUGCGUUCUACAAGACGGUGUUUGACGCGACGGAGACUGGUCACUCUCUUUACCCUAAGCGUAAGGCUGAUCAAGAGCUCCCUCACGUUGUCUCCGCUGAGAUCAAGCUCGCUGGUGUUACCGUCGUUGUUUCUGACGUCUCUGUUCACUCUGGUUCCACUGUGAAGACUGGUGCUACGUCUGCACUACUCGAGACUGAUGACGUGGAAGCUGCAGUUGCAAAGGCCGUGGCUGCUGGAGCUGUGAAGGUUGAGGUCUCGGAGGGUGAAGCUGACGGUGGAGUGAAGGGGAAAGUGACGGAUCCGUUCGGUUUCACGUGGAUCUUUGUGUCUCCGGUGGAGAAGAGUGAGAAGGAAGAGAGUAAAGAGGCUUAACUGUCACCGUCGGAUAUAUGUGAUUAUUCGUCGGUUUCUGAACAAACUUCUUCUAUUAUUAUCCUAUUUCCCUUUUUUUGAAGCGUUUGUAGUUUGUCUUUUGUGGAAUCUCCGGUUAUCAGUUAAACCGGAUCGAUUAGCCUAAUGACUUCUGUUGAGUUUGGUUUCACCCCUUUUGACGUUAAACUUUGGUGAAAUAAAACGAAAAAUUAUCUCGG